AUGAGCGAUCAAAAGACGACUAUCGGACGCGUUGUCGCCGGUGUCGUCGAUGUCCAACAGACUAUGGCUUUGCAGUUUGAUUCCCUUACAAAAGGACUAGAGGCUUUGAAGCUUGAGCAUCAAUCUGGCAUCUCACAACUCCGAGAAGAUAUUCGACGCUCGGACGAUCGAUCUCAAAAACAGUUAUCAGAUAUCAAUGCUCUUCAUAGUAAGGAGUUGGAAAGACUCCAUCAAAUUAUUCACGCUCUUCUUGCACGAGACGCUUCUUCCCUUGGCGCAGCAGCAAUGAUUCCACCGGCACAACUGCAACAACAGCAACAGCUUAUUAUGAUGCAACGUCAGAUUGAUAUUGCUCAUGCUCAAGCACAAGCCCACGCUCAAAACCAAGCAAUGGUGAACUUAUUUAGUGCCGCAAAUGGAGCACCAAAGCAAGUUAUUCCUGUCCAACAGCCAAUGAGUACUCCAGCACCACAAUUGAAACCUCAAGUUCCGACGCCGACUGCCGCAAUUUCAAUUUUGCCGAAGGCAACUCCAACUGCGGAAGUGACAAUCCCAACUUCGAAACCAUCUUUCCCGUCGACAACGUCCGUUGCUGAAAAGCAAACAACUUCUGUUGUUAUUCCUGAGAAACCAAAGAAUGCUGCAACACCGGCAUCCUCUGGGUUCUCGUUCGGUGGAACCACUCCAACUCUUCCAAUUUUCGGAAAGAAAACUGAAGCGACAGCUGUUUCUCCAGCAGUCGUUCCACCUGGUGAUGAUGAUGAUGAUAAAGAAGAAGAUUACGAGCCAGAAGGCGAAUUCAAACCUGUUAUUCCGUUGCCAGAUCUUAUUGAAGUCAAAACUGGUGAAGAGGAAGAGCAAGCGGUUUUUACAAAUCGUGCUAAGCUCUAUAUAUUUGCCAACGAAACAAGUGAAUGGAAAGAACGAGGAACUGGUGAAUUGAAAGUUCUUUACAACAAGGAAAAGAAGUCAUGGAGAGUUGUUAUGCGACGAGAACAGGUUCUCAAAGUUUGUGCCAACUUCCCGAUUGUUGGCUCGAUGAGCAUUCAGCAAAUGAAAUCCAAUGAGAAGGCCUACACAUGGUUCUGUGAAGACUUCUCUGAAGAUGAACCUGCUCAUGUGAAACUCUCUGCCCGUUUUGCCAAUGUGGAUAUCGCCACCGAGUUCAAAACCCUUUUCGAAAAGGCUGUCGCAGAACACAAGUCUACAGGAACUAUCGAUAAAGAAAUCAAACCCGCUGAGAAAAAAACUGAAGUUAAAAAAGAAAUUAAAGAAGAGAUAGAAAUUCCAGCGAACAAAAGCGCUGUUAAUGGUUUUGGCGACAAGUUCAAACAAGAACCGGGAUCGUGGGAAUGCUCGGUGUGUUAUGUCCACUGCAAACCCGAUGUUGAUGAAUGUGCCUGCUGUGGAACAUCCAAAGACGGAUCUGCGAAAGAAAAGAACAUAUUUUCUAAACCAUCGUUGCUUCAGCCAAAUCCAGGAACUCCGAAGGUUACGUUCGGUUUUGGCGCAUCUGCUCCAGCAAAAGAGCCGGUUGCUCAAACCUCUCAAUUUGGUGCAUCUCUCAAUGGAUCUCCAAGCACGAACAACAGCAUUUUUGGGGGAGGAACUCCAAAAGGCACCAACAUUUUCGGAGGUGGAACCACAAAUACUCCAACUUUCUCAUUCAACAAACCAGCAGCUGCAACGAAUGCUACUACUCCUUCUUUCAAUUUCAAUAAGCCUACAGGCUCAACUUCUUCUCCAGUGCCAGUCAGUUCAGCUGGUAACUCUUUGUUUGGCGGUGGAUUGUCCAAAACUGAUUCACCAGUAGCUACACCAUCCUUCUCGUUCAGUAAAUCUUCGGAAACAACUGCAACCAAGCCUACGUUUUCAUUCGGGAAACAGGCAACGACUGCGUCUUCACCGGCCGUAGCAGAUGAUAAAAAAUCUUCCGAGACACCGAAGAACGUGUUUGGCAGCUUUGCGUCAGGAGGAACGACGUUUGCUUCUUUGGCGACCAGUGGAACUGGCUCAAUAUUCGACACCACAAACGCCCAGAAAGCUCAACAAGAAUUAGCCUCCCAGAAGAAGACGAGUGUUUUCGGUAGCAAGUCCAACACACCCAAUACUACAGUCACAUCUACAUCCAGAAACGAUGAUACCGAAGAUGCUACUGAGGAAGGAGAUGGAGAGUACGAACCGGAAGUUGAUUUCAAACCAGUUAUCCCACUCCCUGACUUGAUUGAAGUGAAAACUGGAGAAGAAGACGAAGAGGUCAUGUUCACUGCCAGAUGCAAGCUCUACAAAUACUAUUCCGACCUUCAGGAGAAUAAAGAACGCGGUCUUGGAGAUAUUAAGCUUCUGAAAAGCAGGGACGGGAAGUACCGAAUCGUGAUGCGCCGUGAGCAAGUUCACAAACUGUGUGCCAAUUUCCGCAUUGACAAAUCAAUCAAAUUGAACCCGAAACCCAACUUGCCGAAUGUGCUCACCUUCAUGUGCCAGGACUUCUCUGAAGACCCAUCAAAUGCGGAUGCUGCUAUUUUCACCGCCAAGUUCAAGGAUGAGGCUACUGCUACAGCUUUCAAAACUGCGGUUCAAGAGGCACAAUCGACGAUGUGA